UCGGCGCAGGCGCGGCGGGGGCGCCGGGUGAGUCAGCGGCGGCCCCGGGCCCCGCCGCACGUCCGCCCGGGCUGCGGAGGGAGAGGAGGAGGGGAAGGAGGCGAAGGACGGGAGGGAGCCCGCCGCCGCCGCCGGUGUCUCCGAUGCGAAUCGCCGGCCGUUGUGCGGCCGCUGGCGUGCGGCGGGGAGCGGCCGCGCUCCGCCCGAGCUCGGCGCCAUGAUGCCGGCGCUGGCCGCCCAGCGGCGGGGCUGCCGCAGCCUCUACGGGCUCUACCUGCGGGGCCAGGCGGCGGCGCUCCGCCGAGCCUGCCACGGAUGGCAAGCUUCAAUGAAAAGCGUGAGUCUGCCAUGUAUUUUACCAUGCAAUCGUCUGCCUGUGCAGUUGAUGAGUCAAGUGAGAGUUUAUACCUCCAGUGGUCAGAAAAAAGAUCUUGGAUCAGAAGAUAAAAAUGUACCAACCUCUGAAGAAACUGUGAACAAAGUCGGAACAGGACAAGGUACCAGCAAUGCAGAUCAAAAGCAAUCUUUCCUCAAAGACCCAAUCCAAGUAAAAGUGAAAGCAGUCCUUAAAAAAAGAGAGUAUGGACCAAAAUACACGCAGAAUAACUUCAUCACUGGAGUCAGAGCAAUAAAUGAGUUUUGUCUCAAAUCCAGUGAUUUAGACCAGCUGAGGAAAAUUAAACGACGAAGCCCACAUGAUGACACUGAGACUUUCACUGUGUACCUGAGGUCGGAUGUAGAGGCAAAAUCUCUUGAAGUUUGGGGUAGUCCAGAGGCUCUUGCUAGAGAAAGAAAACGACGCAAAGAGGAAGAGAUCAAGUACAGAGAAAAUUUAUUUAGAAACCAAAGGCUGUUGAAGGAAUACAGAGAGUUCUUUGGAAAUACUAAGCCACGCUCCAGUACAGCAGCUAUGUUUUUCAAGGGACCAGGGAAAGUGGUAAUGGUAGCUAUUUGCAUAAAUGGGUUGAAUUUUUUCUUUAAGCUACUUGCUUGGGUUUACACGGGUUCUGCAAGUAUGUUUUCAGAAGCUAUACAUUCUUUAGCAGACACAUGCAACCAGGCACUGUUAGCUUUGGGCAUCAGUCAGUCUGCAAGGACACCUGACCCUAGUCAUCCGUAUGGUUUCACAAACAUGCGCUAUAUUGCUUCCCUGAUUAGUGGGGUGGGCAUUUUCAUGAUGGGUGCAGGACUUUCUUGGUAUCACGGGAUCAUGGGUUUACUCCACCCUCAUCCUAUAGAAUCUCUUCUCUGGGCAUAUUGCAUUUUAGCAGGGUCAUUGGUAUCUGAAGGAGCUACUCUUCUUGUUGCUAUAAAUGAAAUCCGCAGGAGUGCUCGAGCCAAGGGUCUGUCAUUUUAUCAAUAUGUUGUUCAGAGUCGUGAUCCUAGUACCAAUGUGGUGUUACUGGAGGAUGCUGCAGCAGUUCUGAGUGUGGCUGUAGCUGCUACCUGUAUGGGUCUGACUUCCUUAACAGGAAACCCAUAUUAUGACAGUGUGGGGUCUCUAGGUGUUGGAACUUUAUUAGGAACUGUGUCAGCAUUUCUUAUCUACACUAACACUGAAGCCCUGCUGGGACGAUCCAUUCAGCCUGAACAGCUGCAGCGACUUACUGAAUUACUGGAAAGUGAUCCUGUAGUAAGAGCGAUUCAUGAUGUGAAAGCCACAGACAUGGGAAUGAGCAAAGUGAGAUUCAAGGCAGAAGUAGACUUUGAUGGGCGGGUCGUUACUCGUUCUUACCUGGAAAAACAAGACAUUGAACAGCUGCUACAGGAAAUUCAGCAAGUGAAGACCCUUGAAGAGUUAGAAGCAUUCAUGCUUAAGCAUGGUGAGAACAUCAUUGACACACUGGGAGCUGAAGUAGACAGACUUGAAAAAGACCUAAAGCAACGAAAUCCUGAUGUUCGUCAUGUGGAUUUGGAGAUACUAUAGACUUGACAGAAGAAAUCUUUAUGUUGAUACCAUUUUUGAAGAAAUCACGUAAAUGGCUGAAAAGCUUCUGAAAUUGCAGUGACCUCAGCACCAUACCUUGCUUACUUUAGCUGUAGGCUUCCUGGGCUGUUAGCACUGCUUCUGUUUCUGGAAGAGCAUUAGAGUUGCAGACAACAAAUUCCAUGGCAAAAUCAAUUUGAAAAGCUACUUGACUUAAAGUCCACUGGAGAAUCUGUCUGAGCAUAUUUACUGCAAUUCAGAACUUCAGACUUGAGGGUUAGUUAGGCAAAUAAAACUGCCUGAAAAUAUACAAUAUACAUUUAGUUUUUCAAUUUGUGUCCCUUUGCAGUCAGUUUGCACUUGUUUAGUUUCUUUCAAGAUAUCAUUAAAGGUUCUUGGGAGAUAUUAAGAUUAGCUAGGAAGAGUUUGUUCCAGUGGAACCUGCCAACCUUAAACUAAUUGUUAUAUUUCAACUGUGUGAUUGUUUCACAGUUCUUCUUUUCUAUGAGAUAAAUUCUUUCAAACAGGCGCUGGCCUUCUCUUAAGUACCAUGACCUGGAAUCUUUUUGCCACCAUUGUGAUUACCAACAGCACUUCAGAAAAAUCAGGUUUUUCUCCUCGGUGGUGUCAGCUUUAUGUGGUUAGCCAGAGUAUGUUGAGUUACUGUGAAGAAGUUACUGUGUAGAGACUUCAGUGAAUUUCCUCUGUUUAAUUUUUUUCCUACUUUUACACUUGUUCUCCUUUUUGUAAAUAUCUUCAGAUGUUAUCUGGGAGAUAUUUAUGGUAGUGUUUAUUAAAAGUUACCUGGCUUUUUUUUUUUUUUUUUUUUUUUUUUUGCUUUUUAUACUUUUAAUAGGUGAUAUUGCCAGAAAUGGUCAUUGCUAGAAGAUGUAAGAAAUGUAUUUGGAACUAAUAACAGUCAAAACUGUGUUAGAAAUAUUUAUAAUUAAACAAAUGAUACAUUGUAUUUUUUAUUUAUUUACCUGUAGGCAUUAUCCAUUAUCUGAAUUCUAAACUGCUUACUUUGUGUUUUUUAAGAAUUGACCCUACUUGUUUGGGAAAGGAAAAGAAUUUUCAGUGGUCCUCAACAAUCCAGAGAUAAGUGCCUAGAAUUUAUAACUCUGAAACUUGCAAUUCUAGCACUAUACAAGAUCAGCUUCAGGGCUUUCUGCAGCAGGCACCCAAGUCAUACCAGAUUCUUUGAGAACCAGUCAUUUAAUAGAAGCUAUGGUCGUGCACGUUGAAAUAUAAGUGAAAUAACUACAUAUAAGUAACUCUGAGGAAAAUCCUUUAUGCACUUUAAAACCUUUCAGUAAAAUGAAAAUUGCUGAUGAGUGAGAGGUGGUAAUAAGAACUUCCUAGUGACUCCUCUGCUGAGUAAUGACUGACUGACUGAGAGAAGAAAUGCUGACAUGAAACACAAGUCAUCAAAAUAAUUUAUUAAGAUUAAAUUAUAAGCAUUGCAGCAAAUAAUGAUUGUGGAGACCAGUAUGUCCAGAUUUGACUAAAAGCUUUUUAGACUUUUUUUUGGUAUUAAAUAUAAUUUACCAGAGAAUUAUAAAAAUUGAAAGUAGCAUGCAUUUUGACAACUGAAAAGCACUUUGCAUGCUGGCCAUUUUAGGUAGAAUAACAUUCCAGAGUUUAUUUGAAGAUGGGACUUACAUGCGGUGAUUGUGGGUAAAGGAUCUCUUUGGUAUCCUUGUCCAUAGUUCCUAUUCACCAGUGGCUUAUUUGUAGUGUAUUGGUUUAUUGUGGCUGAUCCAGAAGGCAUCAUUUGCCUCUUUUCCCCUAUUGUAGAAUUAGUAUAUUUAAGCCUGAUGAUUAAAAAUGCAUUUAGUAAAAGAGUUUAAAGGUAAUCUGCAAGUGUACUGUAUCAAGUAAAUAUUACUUAAAUUUUAAAGUAAUUAAGUUUUCAGUCAUUUACCUUACAUUUUAAAUCAUUUACCUAUCUCCUCGCCCCUCCAUGUGAACUUCAUCUCAAGUCAUUAUGCAGUGUGCUGAUGUUAGUCUUAUUCAUGAAGAGCACUGGAAUCUGAUAAAUGCAUAACCUCUUUCCUACUGCCUAAAAUAUCUAUGUGGAUUUUAAAUUUGAAUAAAUGCUUAACAAUUGUUAUUGCAGAAAUGUUAAAAACUGAAAGAGGAGUAGAACUGGGAAAACCUUCUUAGUGUGGGGCGAUAGUCAAUGUGAUGUAAAUGGUUUGUAUGCGGGUGUCAGCGAUGCCAACAGGAUACAAAUUUCAUAAAGUCUGCCCCAUUGCAGGGCAGAAAUUUCACAAAGUUAGUAAACACUAUAUAGAUACUGAAGUGUUCCAAUAUCUUUUUAAAGAGGAGGCAUAAGUUUAUAUCUUUACAGGACCUCUGCUCCAACAGCCUGUAAAAAUGUUCUCUUACUCAUCAGAGAUGUAAUUCACAUGAAUUCUCAUCUUAAUUUCCUUACCUGAGUCAGAAGUAUAUUCACCUACACACCUUUUGUUCACAUUCCAAUAAAAAAUUUAGACCUUUCUCUCCUGAUUACAUUCUUGAUUAUGUCAUUGCAAUAUGUUAAAUUUAAGAACCUAGAACUUGGGUUUAGAUACAUAAUUAAUUGUGUAGUUUGAGGACCUGUUUCCAUUUUUAAAACUGAUCUGGAUGGUGGUAUACCCCAAAAGGCUGGAUGACUGUUUUUGGCAGUUCCUUUUAAGCUUGCCUGUCUUGCAUUUGGGUGAAAAUAUUGAUUCAUUGAGCCUGUCAGAUUGGAAAGGCAAGGUAAUUCCAAGUUGUUACAUUUUAAUAUGUAUUAUAAUCUAUAGAUUGCUUCUAAAAGUUUUGACAUUUUUACUAUUUUUUUUCCUUAAAGCUUGAGGUGAUGUGGGUCCAUACUUAGUUUACUUUUGUUUUAGUGUUUUGGAGGAAAAUAUUCAAAUAAUCCAUUUACCUGAUAGAAUCCUCAGAAUUGAAGAAAAAUUGUAAAGUCUGAAGGAGUGGAUUUUUUCUUCACCACAAAUACAAUUGCAUGAUGAUCCUUUAAGACUGAUUUAAAGGUGUGUAGUUAAGGAAAAGGAGUGAGGGUUAGCUAACUGCAGCUAUAUUCUAGGAAAUAUUUCAAUAAAAAUUAGUAUGUUAAAAUAAUUAUUUUUGUAGACUGGCAUUACAGGUGCUAUUUUUUCAAAUUGUGUUCAAAGUACUACUGCCCUUUGCUUAUUUGUUGUCAUAUAUCAUAAUUCUGUAAAAAUUAUGCUUUUAGUAUAAAAAUUGUUUAAGUGUUUCAAUAUCCUGAGUGAUCAUAACAUAUUUUAAGUCAAAGUUGGCUGGACACUAGUAAUAUGCUUUCCUACACUCUGUAAGAUAAAGAUAAAAUUCUGAGGUGAUUAUAUUUGCCCCCAUGAGUCAAUUUCAAGCCUAAAUUGUUUAUAAACUUUGGAAUUCAGUACUUCAUGUGGUCCCACCCCUCUGACUUUCUAAAGCAUUUGUUAAGCCUGUGGUACUAGUAAAUCCUUUAGUGCGCUACAGAGUGUGUUACAGAGACUGCUUUGGGUUCUUGUCUAGGAGGAGCAGGGACUUGGGGAACAGGAGAACAUGUUUUAAAAGACAUGUUGCAUCCUUUUUCUGCUGUGGUUUGUGCUCAAAAUGAAGGUUUUUUUAGCCCUAUGCUUUUCUCAGUCCUUGAAUUCCUACUUUUUUUUUUUUUUUUCUUAUUUAAUCUCUUACUUGGAAAGGAGGAAGCCAUAACAUGGAGCUUAUGUCUUAAUAGCAGGGCUAAAUUCUACCCUUGGUCUCUGGAUUUUUGUAGUGGCUUCUUGUUCGUUGGUAGUUUACAGCAGUGAUCACUGUUCUGAAAGCUUCAAAUCACGCUAGCCAAAACUACCGGCGUUCUCUGAUCCCAGUAGGCGAAGCUUUUUCAUCUGUAUCUAGAGAUCUGAUUUUUGUUGGUCUCCCUUUGACAAGGGGAGAGAACAGGGAAGAGUUUUUGGUAUGUUUUGUCUACGUAAUACACUGAUUGCAAUUCUAUGUCCUCCUUAUUUGUUAUCACUUUAGCUGACUUCUAUUUUCUGCUUAACAAAGAAAAAAUUAUACAUUAUGAAAGUCCCUCUAUUAGUGAUGAGUGCAUCAAAUAUGGCUUUCCUGCAAAGAGUUUUUGGGCUUUUGUAUAUCAAAAGGAGUGCUGCAAUUUUCAAGAAUUCUCAAUUAAGUAAUCCUUGUGCUAAAGAUGAUCUAGAUGUGUUUCUCACAAAAGAAUUCACAGAAGCAUAUUGUCUAAGACUUGAAAGAAAAGUAUUUCAUUUGGUCGUCAUGUUCUUAAGGCACUUUGGCUUGGCAGAAUAGGACAAUUGAUUAAUAUUGACUCCUGCACCAGAGCCGAACUUCUGUGCAUGCCUAAGGGCUUACACUGCAGAAGUGGGUGUAAAAUGAAAAUGCACAUUCUUCCUAGCUUAAAUAUUGUGCUGCUUCUGUUCUUAGUGUUAGCUCUGAAUAGAGAGAACAACUAACAUCUAUCUCUUCUGCAGUUUGCCUGCUUAAUGUAAAUGAGAAGUUGAGAUGUACCAAACAGAUUUUUUGUAGAGGGGUUGUCUAGCUUUAGUCUUUUUUUUCCUUUCUUGUCAGUGAGACAGAAAUAAUUAAGAUCAAAAGAAAACUGUAGCUGCCUUGCAUAUAAAAAGAAAUAGGAAUCCAGGCUUUCAAGCACAAUAGUCUGAUUUCUGGAAGACGUUCUGAGGAAAAUAAAAACUGCCAUGUGGUUGUUUGGGCUGUAGAAACUGCAGUCAAUCAGUCUGGGUUUUCAGGCUGAAGCAAAAGAAUAGAAACUAUAACAAAAUGUGGUAAAAAAAGAAAAGAAUGAAAGGAAGGAAAAACCUAAGAUGUUGAGUGUUGGGAAUGGGGAGAUAUCAAUACAAUCUAGAAAAUGUGGCCAGAGGUAAGAAAUGAUGGUUGGAGAGGGGAGGAGCAAUACAAAAUAACGUUUGAUCAGAAUGCCUAGAACAGAGUUUCAUUUUUUUUUUUUUUUAAACAGUAUUAAGAAAAUUGAGUAAUUUCCCUCCAUCCCCUACUGUAGUGAAAACUUGUCUUUCUGUAGUGAAAAUCAGUGACUCAGUUUAUCCGUUGCCUAAUCUGGUAUUUAGUCUUAUUUUAACAGGUGCAAAUGUGCACCUGUUUGCCCUCUGAAAACUGAAGGGUAAGGGCAUAAUCUCAGUCUGGAUCUUUGUUGAGGAGGUGUGUGUUUGGUGAGUGGAGGUUGAGGAAUUUUAAUUGUGGAAGUGGUAGCUGGAGUGAAUUAAAGACAAAACAAAUUGCUUCUUUCAGCCAAAAAGGAUUGAAAAACCAUACAGAAGUACAGAAAAGAGGGUGGAGUACUGUAAGGACUACAGCAUUGUUGCAAUGGAUUACAACUGUUAUUGAAUGUUAGUCUGUAUUAUCAGGUUGCUUAAGUGUCUCUGGAUAAGCAAGAUUUCCAGUUAAAUCAUGACAUUGUGGGAAGGAAUUAAAGAGAAAUUUCAAUGUGUAAUGUAAAGAAGACAUGCAUUUUAUAAAAUACCACAGAAAAUGAAAAAUAGAUAUGGAGAAAAUCAUCCUUCUACAUUGCACUAGGUUCUUAAGGAAAAUUUCUUUUUUUUUUUUUUUUUUUCUUCUGUGUAAAUGAAAAGCACCAAUUAAAAUAGAAGGUCUUGGUUACUUUUUAGAAGUGUUACACUAACAGUAAGCCUGGUCAUAUUUUUGUAUUAUCGGUGUUUGUGGUUCUGUUAUGGGGACAAGGAGUCUGUUAAAGUAGCGGAAUACAGCUCUACACUCACUUAAUCUAAGAUAAGUUUGAUUAUUGUAACCUAAAUUUAGACUGUAUUUAAACCAUUUGAGGUUUUGACCAACUGCUUCAAAUCUGAAGACAGAAAAAAAAGCAAUGUUGUAUAAAUGAUGUAAUAUAAAGCUUUUUGGUAAGUUUCUCUUCAAAAUAAAGACUGGAAAAGGAUUUGAGAUGAAAUACCUGAAAAGUGUCUAAAGCAUUUGGAAAGCUUUUUGGCUAUUGCCAAAACUAUUAAAUCUGAAAGCCAACGGUGAGGGUAUUCACUGGUGGCAGAGCUUUCAAAGGGCAAUCUCAAAACUGAAAUGUGUUUUUCCAUGCAGCCUUUUAAUCAAAUGUAUUUUCUACCCCACUUCUUCCCCCUUCCGAUGCUUUAUGGUGUAUUGGCUUUCUCAUUCUGUCUUGGUUACUUCAGAUUAGUAUGGAGAAGUCAGUUUGAUUUGUGAGAUGUAGAUAUUUAAGUAUUUCGCUGCAUAUGUUUUCUCCUGUAAUUAUAAUUGAAUUUGGUACAUCUUGUAAAAUGUCUGGAAGCUGUAAUUAUUCAGUAAAAUGUUACAUAGCUGGUAAA